UUUCACCAUCCCCACAAUGGCAUAUAAACAUCCUCUCCGGGAGCUACAGAGCAGCUCCUCCGAUCCACCGCCGGAACUUAGUUUCUACAUUUGAAUCAUAUAUGUUUUUGUAAUUACUCUCUUUAAUUUGCUAUGAAAUCCCAAUUUAAAAGAAUCGGAGCCCUAAUUAGUCUCUAGUUCGUCUCUUUGAUUUCAUUACCCGCCGUCCGCCGCCGUGUGUUGCUGCUUGUUUUCGAUUUCUCUCUGUUCAUGAAUUGGUGGAAAGAAAUUAAGAAAGUAACGAGUUAACCUCUCUUGACUAUUCCAUUGUAAAACGAUAUCCACACACCAUACCUACCCUAUCCUUCUGACAAGUCAACAACAAUAUUCGUCAAUUUUUCUCUAUUUGAUUCCCCGAUUCAAUUACAUAUCAAUCCACCAUCAAUUCGUUAGCCCAGACAAAAUACAGCAUGGAUUCACCUUCCCCACCAACGACAGAACCAAAGACGAAGUCUUUGGAUAUGCCGCUACAUGCAAUCGGCUUUGAGAUCGAUGAGUUAUCGGCACAAAAAGUCACCGGUCGUCUUCAGGUCACCGAGAAAUCAUGUCAGCCGUUCAAGGUGUUACACGGCGGAGUGUCGGCGUUAAUAGCAGAGGCGCUCGCGAGUAUGGGUGCACACAUGGCGUCGGGAUGGAAGAGAGUCGCCGGAAUACAGCUUAGCAUCAACCACCUCAAACGGGCCGACAUCGGCGAUCUCGUGUUUGCUGAAGCCACACCUCUUCACGUCGGCAACACGAUUCAGGUAUGGGAGGUGAGGCUAUGGAAGAUUGAUCCUCGUAACUCAGAAAGUAGAUUGCUUAUAUCGUCAUCAAGAGUUACUCUUCUCACAAACUUGCCUGUGCCUGAUAAUGCCAAGAAUGCUGCUCAAAAUUUAAAGAAGUAUGCUAAGUUAUGAAUAUCAACCCUAAAUUUAUUCCAUCAUACAAUAAAUUUCAUCUUGUAGAAAUGUGAUAGUGUUUGUUAAAAUAAUAAAUCCAAUUUUAUGUUUGUUACGCAUGUAACUAAGAAAUGUUAAAUUGUCCCAUUGAGAUCAAUUUUAGUCUCGGUUUUGAUA